CUUCACAGAGCGCUGAGACGCCACACUGAGCUCUGGAAGCUAGCUGGGACAGACAAGCCACACACACACACACUUGGCAUGGAUAGCAAAGUCCUAGCGCUGGUGGCCCUGCUGGCGGUCAUCAUAUGGAGCCCAGAGGCUGACGCUAAACCCAUCAGUCUGGUGGAGAGGUGUUGGUGCCGGUCCACUCUCAACACCGUCCCGCAGAGGAGCAUCCGUGAGAUUAAGUUCCUCCACACGCCCAGCUGCCCUUUCCAAGUCAUUGCCAAGCUGAAGAACAACAGAGAGGUCUGCAUCAACCCCAAGACCAAAUGGCUGCAGCAGUAUCUAAAGAAUGCCAUUAGCAAAAUAAAGAAGAAGCGCUCGAAGUAAACACCUGAGGAUGUGCGAGGAGGACCACCGUGCAUCUCUGACCUCCAAAGAGUCACCCGUCCUCUUCUCUCGCUCUCUUUGAUCACUCCUCCUCUUUCUGGACUGCUUGCACAAACAGCACUUCACCUAAACCUGCCUCUCAAGCAUCCAGACAGACUUCAGCUCACCAAAACACAAGCCAACACCUUCCUCCUGACGCACUGCUACUGCGGCUGUGAUCACUGACUGAAUCAAGCCUCUGAAUGUGACCGUGAAUGUUUGAAUGCGAAGGAAAGAGAGAUAUCUACAGGUUUUCCGCAGCUUAAAGGGCAGAAAAAUGAGAGUUUGUGUCAUUGUUGUGAGGGAUGUCUUACCUUUAGGAUAGUUUGGGAUUAAUAAGGGACAUAAGCAAGUGAAAAUGAAGCAGAAAUUUAAACCUGCCCUGUUCUAGCUUUCACUUUGUGUUAUUUUGCUGCUCAUAGCUUAGUAGAAGUGUUUAAAAGCUCACCAGCACACAUGAAUGAUCCAGCAUGCUAACGCUAGCUCUGUUCCAAAACAUAGUUAGCCGCAUACUGAGCAAAAAAUUGGUGUAGAAAUAAUUUCCACACAGAAAUUGCAAUAAUUACAAAGAAAUGGCAAUUAAACAUGACAAAACCUGAAAUAGUUUUCUCUUGAAAAACAAACAAACAAAUUUAAGCAUGCGUGAAUUGCAUUUCACAAAUAAAAAAUGCAUUACGACAAGUUUCCUUAAAAAACCAAGAUGGCAGAUGUGAAAUGCCAAUCAUAAAAAUACUUACAUUUAAUAAAAUACCCAAUAAAAAGUGAACAGCUAAUUUCCUCAAAAUUUUUAUGUUAGUUGUUUAGUUAAAUGCCAUAUUGAAUUUAACACUAAUGAAAACCCACAACUUUCAAAACCAUUUAAAGAGGUUUUCGACCAAACAUUUCUUUCGUCGUUUCAUCCACUGAUUAAUCAGUAUGUCAUUAAACAACAGAACAAUCCAUUGAGCGCACUGCACUUCUAUCACUCACCGCCUUAACUUCAUUCCCGCCAAAAAAAUACAUGUGCCGUUCUAUUAGCUUAGCAACAUGCUAAUGUCAAACUUUUUAGAAUCCAUUUUUGGUGGAGUAUUUCAAACUAUUUACUUACUAAGCUCCACAACGGUGCAGUCUUAGAAGACAGUAGACAGUAGUGCACUUGGCAGUGCACUUUGUAGGCAGCAGAUAGCAAGGUUUUGGCACAGAGACGCAUUGACACAGGGCUGCUACUACAGGAAGCAGAAUCACAGUUUCCUCUCUUCCACUUCCUCUCUGCUACCAAUGUGUAGCAAAUGCCAGACACUGAAAUUCAAGAAAUAUGCAGUUUAAAGCAGAUAUGCUGUACUUAUAAAGCAGGUGUCGUUAAUGCAAUCAUGUCAUAAACCUUCAGUUCACGUGCACCGAGCAAUAUUCCUUGACUCAGGCCUUAAUUAACAUUUGUAUACAGAUCUUGUGUCAUACUGGUUUUAUUUCGGAUCCAACAGGACCAACCAACAUGUAAAUAUUCUCCAGCACUAAAUGACUGUUAGUAAAUGGGUUGAACAGGGACCAAAAACUGAAAAAUGCAAGCAAUUUGUAGGCAAAAUUAAUAUUGCUUUAUGUAUUCCAUAUGUAUGCGUUUUUUGUUUUUAGCCACAGAAUUAAAGGAUGUGACUGUGAUUUUGUUUUUUAUGACAUUAACACAUUUAUCUAACACUUUUUAGUUUUUUCCGUUCUGAUGUUUUGACUCAAAUGCCCGAUUGCUGUAAUGUUUUUGAGCCACUUUAAAAAUAUAAGGAGUUUGUAAUGUAAUGAUUUAUUUUUGUAUUUUGAAUAAAAACACUACAGUACAAUA